AGGAGAUUCGCCUGUUUAAAGUGGCGCCGUGAGGGGAUGGCGGAGAGCGCAGCGUACCCGCCCUUCCAGCUGGGGAAGCCUCGCUUCGAGCAGACUUCGUUCUAUGGGCGGUUUAGACACUUCUUGGACAUCAUUGAUCCCCGCACUCUCUUUGUCACUGAGAGUCACCUUAAAGAAGUUGUGCAGUUGCUGGAGGACUAUAAACAUGGGACUCUACCCCCAGGAGUCACCAACAAAGAGCUUUGGAGAGCACAAAAAAUAAAACAGGCCAUCAUCCAUCCGGACACUAACGAGACGAUUUUCAUGCCUUUCCGAAUGUCAGGUUACAUCCCUUUUGGAACACCUAUUGUUGUGGGUCUCCUCUUGCCAAAUCAGACGCUGGCGUCCACCGUCUUCUGGCAGUGGUUGAACCAGAGCCACAACGCUUGCGUCAACUAUGCAAACCGAAACGCGACAAAGCCUUCUCCGACGUCCAAGUUCAUCCAGGGCUACUUGGGAGCUGUCAUAAGUGCCGUCUCGAUCGCGGUGGGCCUUAAUGUUCUGAUCCAGAGGGCAAACAAGUUCACCCCGGCCACCAGGCUCCUGAUCCAGAGACUGGUGCCCUUCCCUGCUGUAGCUAGUGCCAACAUUUGCAAUGUGGUCCUGAUGAGACACACGGAACUGGAGGAAGGGAUCGACGUCCUGGACGCUGACGGAAACGUCGUUGGACCUUCCAGAAUCGCUGCCAAACAUGCAUUGCUAGAGACGGCCCUAACCAGAGUGGUCCUGCCUAUGCCUAUACUGGUUCUACCUCCUGUCAUCAUGUCUCUUCUGGAAAAAACAGCCCUGCUGCGCUCCCGGCCGCGGAUGGUCCUCCCCGUGCAGAGCCUCGUGUGCCUUGCUGCCUUUGGCCUGGCCCUGCCCUUGGCCAUCAGCCUCUUCCCGCAGAUGUCUGAGAUUGAGACGCUGUGCCUGGAACCCGAAAUCGCCCAGGCCACCACCAGUAAGACCGUCGUCUACAACAAAGGCUUGUAGAAGCGCCGAAGAUGGAGAAGCGUGGAAGGAGGAGA